GUCAGAGUUUAAAUAAACGAAGAAGAAGCUGCUUCAUGUAACUUCCAGUGCGACUUUAGUUCUUUUUAUGUUGUGUAUUUUUUUACAGGCUGAAGGAUGAACAAGUUGAAUAAAUCCGAGGAAUAUGACUCAUAUGAAAUUGACGAACCGAGCGACGAGGAGCGAGCUGAGAGCAGCUCAGAGGACGAGCUGGAUGUGCUGCUGAACGGGACUGCAGAGCAGAAAAAGAAGCUGAUCAGGGAGUAUCUGACAGGGGAGAGCGAGUCGUCCAGUGAAGAUGAGUUUGAGAAGGAGAUGGAGGCAGAACUUAGCUCGACCAUCAGGACCAUGGAGGGAACCUGGGGACCAGCAGCUGUUCCCACAGGUGGAGGAGGAGCUGCAGGUAACGAUGGAGGUUCUGGCAGUUCCAACCCUCAGAUGUAUGACCAGAUUUACUUUGAUUCUGACUCAGAGGAGGAGGACAAACCAAGCAGCUCCACAGACCAGAGGCGCAGGCGGCGGAUCAUCCCCACUAAUGAUGAGCUGCUGUACGACCCAGAUGCAGAUGACAGAGACCAGGCCUGGGUGGAUUCCAGGAGGUAUAAAAGCAGGAAGCAGCAGGACUCUGCAUCCCGUUCUCGGCCUCGCCAGUCUAAGCCGUUACCCAGCAGUGAUGCUGUGCUCAACUGUCCUGCUUGCAUGACAACGCUCUGCCUGGACUGUCAGAGGCAUGAAAAGUACCGCACACAGUACCGAGCCAUGUUCGUGAUGAACUGCGUCGUGAAGACGGAUGAGGUGCUGCGCUACAAAACACAGCAGGACAAAAACUCGAGGAAGAGGAGGAGGGGCCAAAAAGCACUGUUGUCAUCAAACAGGGCUACCGGCCCAACGCCAGCCGGGAUGGAGCCGGAGGAGAUUUAUCACCCGGUGAAAUGUACCGAGUGUUCGACGGAGGUGGCCGUGUUUGACAAAGACGAGGUGUACCAUUUUUUCAACAUACUGGCCAGCCACUGCUGAGGUUGACUGAACUCUUCUGUGUUCCUCGUGUGAACCUUAAUCUGUUUCACCUGUUUUUUUUAUAUUUACAUAGCUGGUAAUAAAUCCAGUCUACUGUACUGGCAUCAUGUGUAAAUAAACAAUGGUUUUCAUA